AUGGAGGUCCACGUCCUGAGCUCCAAGCUGGUGAAGCCUGCGUCCACCAAGCAGGUCGAUGGCCCCGAGUACAUCCCUCUCUCUGUCUUUGACAAGGUGACGGACCAAAUGCAGAUGGCCAUGAUCUAUGCCUUUGCGGCGCCGGCGCCCACCACGGCGGCUCUAGAGAAGGGCCUAGCUGUUGCCCUUUCGGAGUACCGCGCCUUGGCGGGGCAGCUGGUCCGCAACCGCAGCGAGGGGCCGGCAGUGCUGCUCAAUGACCGGGGUGCCCGUGUGGUGGAGGCGUGCGUGGACGCCGACGCCGACAUGGCCGAUGUGGCCCUGCCCAAUCCCAAGCCGGAGCUGCUUACGGACCUCGAAGAGGAAGCGAUCAAGGUGGUGGUGGUGGUGCAGCUCACGCGGUUCAGUUGCGGCUCCCUCGUGGUGGGGUUCAGCCGCAGCCACGCCGUCGCCGACGGCCGCGCCACCAGCAACUUCCUCGUCGCGUGGGGACGUGCCACCAGGGGCCUCACCAUGGGCCUCGCGCCCAUGUACAACCACCUCGACCUAUUCAAGCCCCGCCCCUCUCACUGCCGCAUCGAGUUCGAGUUCGACCACCGCAAUCGCGAGUACUAUUUAAAUUUAUAG